UGAACCACUCACAGUAGAUGCUGCCGGAAUUGAGCUAGUGGAAGCGCGGUCAAGACCCUCUUGAUCUUGCAAAGACGCAAAGACCACAGGCUGCUCGAACAGGGCGCGAAAAGCUACGAGUUUGAAAGGCACAGGUGAACCAGCCACAUGCCACACGCAACCGCACACCACAGGCAGCCACGGGCUCAAGAUGGCGUGAGAUAGCUUGCCCAUGUCAGCUUCAGAGGUUGACGUUCGGGAGCUGGUGGAGCGGUUGCAGCUGGAGCCUUUGCUUCCUGAAGGCGGUUUCUUCCGGCGGACUCAUUAUUCUAGCACAGAAGUGCAGGGGCCGGAUGGCCGAGGAAGAGCCCUGAAUGCAAUCUUCUAUCUGAUGUUGCGUGACAACGUCUCCAAGCUGCACAGGCUUCGAGUUGAUGAGACAUGGCAUUUCUACCAUGGUGCUUCAGUGACCAUCGUUGAGCUUGACGAAUCUGUACAGGGCCAGUUGAGGACAACUCGUCUAGGUUCCGUCGUCUCUGGACUCUGCCCGCAGUACACGGUGAACGCCGGCACUUGGUUCGGUGCGUACCCCGAGGGCAGCUUUUCCUUGGUCGGUUGCACAUGUGGUCCAGCCUUUGAGUUUGAGCACUUCGAGCUUGGUGAUGCGUCUUUGUUAGAGAAGUACCCAGAGGCUGAGGAGCAGAUCAAACGGCUCCUCUAAAGAGGCAGAAAUUCCUGCCCCGGGGCUUGACCAGCUGCUUGCCCAAAGGUGGCAGGCCUGGACAGCAUUGGCGGGCUGCUCUUUUGCGU